AGAUGAGUGCUACAUAAGAGCUUCUCUUUCCCUCGCUUUUUUACAGCUCUAAAGAGAGAGAGAGAGAGAGAGAGAGAGAGAGAGAGAGAGAGAGAGAAGGACAGAGAGCUGUGGGGCGUUGGAUAAAAGUGUCACAGUCAAGGCCAGGGAAAGAGAGAGAGUUUUUUUUCUUUCUCGUCCAGUGCCAGUUUUAGUCUGCCCUGUUGUUUAUCCUCGCCCCUGGACAUCUACUUUGUUUGAGACGCUCACAGGAAGCGACGGGCCGAGCGAGAGUGAGCAUGGGUGUCCCGCUGGGUGACUGUGUGGGGCUGCGGCUGGUGAUCCUCCUGGCCUUGGGCGUGAUGGAUCGGGGGGCUGAGGGAUGUACCUGCCAACCCGCACAUCCGCAAGAGCACUUCUGCCAGUCUGAAAUAGUGAUCCGGGCUAAGAUAUCUGGAGAGAAGAUCAUAUCUCCAAGCAACAGUUCUUCACCCUACCAGAAGAUGAUUCAGUAUGAGAUCAAGAUAAUCAAGAUGUUCAAAGGUUUUGACAAAGUGAAGGACAUUCAGUACGUCUACACUCCAGUCUUUUCCUCUUUGUGUGGCGUUAAGCUGGACGCAAGCAACAAGGUUCAAUAUUUGCUUUCAGGAAACAUGUGGAGUGAAGGGAAAGUCUCGAUUGGUCUGUGUGACUUCAUUGAGCCGUGGGACAACCUCUCACUGGCUCAGAAAAAGAACCUCAACUACAGAUACCAAAUGGGCUGCGACUGCACAAUUUCCACCUGUUACACGGCCCCCUGCUGUACCGCCUCUGUAAAUGAGUGCCUAUGGACGGACUGGCUUCUGGACUACAAGCGGAGCAGAGAACAGGCCCGCCAGUACGCCUGCAUCAAACGCAGCGACGGCUCGUGCAGCUGGUACAGGGGGAGCGGUUCUCCUGACAACGAUUUCAUGGACGCGUCUGACCCCUGAGGACUCAAUGCUUCUGGGGGGGAAACACAGCUCACAAAAAAAUUUUAGGCAAUGUCGGUGAGGGCGAUGCCCUUGGUUUUCUAUUGGUCUGUAGAACUCUGCUGUCAGUGCAUCUCUUAGUAAGGUGUGUUACGGCCCAGCUGGGCCACUCGAAUGAAUGUAAGACUGAUACUGUAUGCUUGCUGCGUAGUUCACCACUGAGUGAACCGUUUCAGAGUGCUUGUAAUUCACUUUCACUUCUUACUUGUUUGAAAUUCAGUGUUGGAUGGGAGCGUCUGUGGGUACCUAUCCCAGCUGAGGCAGGAAUGUUUUUAGGGAAAACAGCAUGGUUAUGCCUUCUAGUCAACUUCAAAUAACUUCAUUUGAUUUAUUUCUACAAUCAAUUUUGGUAAUAUUUGCUGUAUGGCAGUGCUCACAAGGCUACACAGCUACAUAAGUCCUGCAUGACAACUGACAUAAACCUACAUGAACACUUAUUCUCAUAGGCGUCAUUUCUCAUAUAGGUUGCAUUUGCUGACCUGGCAACUGAUGUCAAGUUGACACGUCUAGGUCAUGACACUAUCUGGGGUGAAAUGUCAUAGACAUUGUAGCUCAGGUUAUGUCACAGUGAUUUAAUAUAGCUGAUAAUAUAGCUUGCCAAGUCAGUCUGGUUUAACAAAAGUAUUUUCUGUGGCCGUUAGGUAAAGUGAAUGCAUUAUAUCACUGUGAUAUACACUAUGUGGCCAAAAGUUUGUGGACACUUAAAAAUCAUACCUAUGUAAGUUUAUUGGACACAUUCCAAAGCUAUCUGACCUAAUAUGGAAUUUGCUUUACACCACUCCAACGUUUGUGCAUAGCGAUCUUAGACUUGUGUGCAGCAUGGAAACUCAUUUCAUGAAGCUCACAGUUCUUGUACUUCCAGAAGCAGUUCGGAACUCUACAGUGCAAAAGAGGAUAGUUACUAUGUGCUUCAGCACUUGGCAGCCCCACUCUGUGAGUUUGCGAGGUCUACUGCUUCAUUGCUGAGCUGUUGUUACUCCUAGAUGCUCCCAUUUCACAGUAAUAGCACUUACAGUUGACAGGGGCAGAUCUAGCAGGACAGAAGUUUCACAACCUGACUUGUGGCAGAGGUGACAUCCUAUAACAGUGCUAUGUUUAAAGUCACUGAACUCUUCAGUACGAAGAGUUAUACACCUGUUGGCAAUGGGUGUAGCUAAAACACCUGAACUCCUGAUGGUCUGUCCACAUACUUUUGGCCAUAUAGCAUACACUAUGCUACAAAGUCAGUUGCUCUAUGAUAUUAAAAUGGCAUUUCACCCCAAAAAAGUUUCAUAACACAACCCAGUGUCAGAAAAAACUGUCACCUGCCUGUUGGAAUAAACCUUUAUAAAUGCUUACGUAGAUUUAUGACAGUUGUCAUGGCUAGCUCAUGUAGCCUUAUAAACACUGCCCCAUGGUCAAGUGUUACCAACUUUUCUUAUGCCAGAAAUCUUUUUUUUUUUAAAUCAUGUGUCAGAUAUAUGCAUAUUUAUAAUGUUUUGGGAUCUUCUUUCAGUUUUCUGUCCUGUGAGAAUGUAUAUAUUUGUAUGGUAAUUCCACUCCAUUUUGCAAGUUUUCAGUCACCUGCCAUUGAUACACUGUAAAAGUUUCUGACCACCCCAACAGAGAAUACUUUUGUGAAUGCUUCUAAAUACCCACCCAGUUAGUUAGCCCAAUAGUAUCUGUUUGCAAAGCUAUGUUAUGGUGUGUUUAAAGUCUAUAUUCAUGUUAUCUACAUUUUUGCAGUAGAAAUGCAGUAUUCGUAUAUCUGAAUCUUUGUAGCUAAGUUUUUGGUAAAGUAUUGUAUACUGUUAAGCCAAUGUAAGAUUUUUCUUGUGCCAAAAAGCUAAUGCUUUGUUUCUGCUUUAACAUAUCUGAUAGAGAUCUGCGUUUGAAGUUUCUGUUGCUAAUUAUUACACAUACAUAAAAAAGUGUUCUGGUAACACUUUACUUAACAUUAAAACUAUAAUGUAAAACAACAUCACUGCAAAAAAUUAUAUCUUGGCGAGUAAAAUCAUUUUAUAUCUAGUGAAUAUAGUGCAUAUAUCAUUUUGAGAUUGCUGUAAGUUUACUGUAACAUUUUUUAAUAUAUUUGAGGACCUUUUUUGCUUGUUCUAAAACUUCUCAUUGUAUUUGUAGAUAAUUUUCUUUUAAAUAAGCAAAAUUAUCUGCUAAUAUAGUGAAAUUAUUUCACUAAUAUUACUUAAAUUGCUUAAAACAAGCAAAAAUGUCUAAAAGGUUAAAUAAUCUUAUAUAUAUAGUAAUCUGAAAAUGAUAAAUAUUAGAUAUGUUCAUUAGAUAUGAGAUGAUUUUACUUGCCAUGGUAUCAUUUUUGCUAUUUCUAUACAAAACCCCUCUAUAAUAUCCUAUAGCACUGUUGCUAAAGAGUUUUACCACCUCCUGCUACAAUGACGUGUUCACUGUACAUCAAGCCCCACACGUAUACUGUACCAUGCAUGUAUUAUUAAGUAAAGUGUUACCAGUAUUUCUAUAUGAAUUUGUAUUUUUUGGCUAUGCAUAGUUUUCUAUUUUACUGUACCAAAAAAUGAUGACAUCUCAUGAUCUCAUGAAAAGAAUGUCUGAUUUCUGCUCUAAAAUGACAUCUUUAGCUUCAUCAUCAUCAUCAUCACUUGUUUAGAAUAGGCAUUCCCACUAUACAGAAGUUAUUAUUUUUAAUAAAUGACACUGAGUUGGUA